AUGAGACAGACGGUCCCCUUUUGGUCAUGGGCUGCUAAACGUUCGCAAGACGCUUUUCGUAAACAAUCCAAAGUUGAUAAUUAUCGGUCUAGAGCUGCUUAUAAAUUACUGGAAUUAAACCAAAAACAUAGGUUCUUGAAAAAAGGAUUUGGGGUUAUUGAUUUGGGAUUCGCUCCAGGCUCUUGGUCUCAAGUAGCCUCGACGGCUGUAGGCGCCGAAGGAUUUGUCGUUGCAGUGGAUAUUCAAAAUGUGUCGCCGCCGCAAGGAGUCUUUCCAGUGUACGGCGAUAUGUUGGACCCUCAAACACAGGCCAAAAUACAAGAUGCUUUCCAACAACAUCGACAGGAACCAAAGACAAAUGACUUGAUUGUAGAUACAAUUUUGAGUGAUAUGCUUCAUUCAACUACCGGCAUACGCAUUCGAGAUCAUGCCGUAUCUAUGGAUUUAUGUAAUUCCGCAUUUCAAUUAGCCAAAACCUUUCUUCGUCCUGGGGGAUUUUUUGUUUGUAAAUAUUAUAUGGGAUCGGAAGAACAUGAGUUUCAAAAGUCUCUAAUGAAGGUUUUCAAACGUGUUCACAUAGAAAAGCCAAAAGCGUCUGUUAAGGAAUCUAGGGAAGCGUAUUUUGUAUGUUUGAGACGGAAAUAG